AUGAGAAAGUUGAAACAUCACGAGCGCAAGCUCUUGAAGAAAACCAACUUUUUGCAGUGGAAGAGCGAAAACAACCAUCGCGAGUUGGAAGUUAUUCGCAGAUACCACGUGCAAGAUCGCGAGGAGUACAAGGAAUUGAACAAGGUUUGCGGCAUGGUUACGAAGUUGACCAACUUAUUGCGGCAAAUCGAUCCGAGGGAUCCUAACAGAGUUGAAAUGACGGAGAAGCUUUUAGACAAGCUGUAUAGCAUGGGAGCUAUUCCGAGCACAAAGUCUUUGACGCUGUGCGAUAAGCUCUCGACGUCGUCGUUUUUGAGAAGACGGUUAUCGGUUGUCAUGGUUCGCUUAAAAAUGAGUGAAACCUUACGUGAAGCGGUGACAUUUAUCGAACAAGGACACGUCAGAGUUGGCCCAAACGUGGUGAGAGAACCGAGUUACCACGUCACGAGAAACAUGGAAGAUUUCGUCACGUGGGUCGACACUUCGAAAAUUCGACGUAAAGUCAUGGCGUACAACGAUAAAGUGGACGAUUUUGAGCUUCUCGGAGCUUAA